CCGUGCUGUAUAUAAAAAGUUUAAAUUAGAAGUCAAUAACUUCAGCAUCAUUGUUUUAAUAAGAAUCAUUAAGUGUCAACAUUCGAGGUACAAACAUACAUUGGUACUAAAAGUAUGGUAUGGAAACGGUUAGAAAUAUGUAUUUCCUUUAUGACACUAUUGAGUUUUGGAACCAUACUGUUAAUGAAUACGAACUUAUUGAAGGUACCAACAACUAAUUUUAACCGAUUGAGUUGGAGACAGCUUACAAGGAAUACAAUUGGAUCCAAAUCGAACUCUGCUUCGCUUCACAUGACAGAACAGGAGUACAUUGAUUGUCUGUCAAUUGGUGAAUGGGUCAAAGGAGCAAGAGAGGAUACGGAAAUGGAGAAAAUGAUUUUCAUGCCUAGUGAGGGUGAAUUGACGCUAGCAAAUGGCCAAUGUGGAGACAGAGAAACGACCAACAGGACCGCAACUGUUCCCCGUCGUGCACUUUGCUACCCUACCUCUAAAAAAGCAUGUUGUUCUAAGAAUCAUUGUGAAACCAUGACAAUCGACCAGUGUCAAUGUAAAGGAUGUUUUGACCUAAGAACAUAUCUUCAUGUCGAGAAAUACGUCUGGCAACCAGGCUCGAAACAGUGUCCUAUAACAUAUUUCGACACAACGUCAGCAUGUAAUAUGUUUGCCAAAAGAAAAUUAAAACAUAUAAUAUGUGUUGGGGAUUCACUUGUUAGGCACUUCCAUACUGCGCUUCUAAUAGUUCUAAGCGGUAAUCUAGAAUCUGGAGGCAUGCAUCCUACCACUAAUCCAGAGAAAAAAAAGUCGUGCGGUAACUAUGCGCAGUUUGAAGAAAAAACUUGUCGACAACUGAUUCAACAUGGAAGAAAGAUUUGUAAUUCAACGGUCACAUUAACUUUAAGAUAUGACUACUCAUUGCCAACUUUACAGAAUUCUGUCAAUUUCAUCAGAGAAAAGGAGGGGCAGGUUAUUCUUUUCUCUAACGGCCUUCACAACAAUUUUGAUAUACCAAAAACAAAGUUAGCUUUGCACAAAUACUUAGAAACAUUGGGUAGUAAAAUCUUUAAGCGAAACAAAAUGGAUAAUCAUACCACACCAAGAAUGGUAUUUAUGAGCCCACACCUUCCUGGUCUUAUGAAAAGUCCCCGAUAUUGGAAUACCCAAGGGACUAAGAAUGUGACAACGUACACAUCUGAAAUGCGAACAUUUCUAUCAAAAUACAAUAUUCCAACAUUUAAUACCCAUGUAUUGACUAACCAUUCAUUCAGCUUCGAUGGCACCCACUUUGGUUAUGGACUUAACCACCAAUUGGCCCAGACGCUGCUGAACUAUAUAAGCCAACAUGAAUGGGGAGCUGAUUAGGAUAAUGUCGAUGGGCCAACAUUUUUAGAAGUGAUACCAUUUUAGAGAUUUGUUUUGGCAGCAACUCACUAAAAUUCACAUUUAAGUAAACUCUCUUUACUAAGUCAUUUUAAUAACUGCUUAAAAAAUCUAGGCCAUGGGUAUAUUUUUUCUCACUUAAAAAUAGAAAAAUGAAAAAUAUACCCAUCAUCUUCACUGGUAGGUAUCAAGAUGCGGUAACGGCUGUUAUCCUCUCAUCUAAGAUGACAGACGAUAAGACUUGAUUUCGAUAUUUUUUGUUUUCAUCGAAUUAAACUACUUUAUAAUUUACGCAAUGCUUUGAUAUUCGAACUUGAUAAGCCGUAUAUAUCAUGCAAAC